UAGAUAAAUUUUCCUUAUGAUUUUAAACUUAACAUUUAUUACAAUUAAUUUUUUUAAUGCUUAGUCUUUAAAUUAAAUUUUAUAUUUACAUAAGCACUCGAGUGUUAACGGCGCUUAAUUAAUUUUUCAAUUUCGUCAUAUAGCAGUAUACUAUAAGAUGUAUGAAAUUUUUAAAACAUUUGAAUUGAAAUAAAAUAUUUAAUAAAUAUGUCUUAUAGUAAAAUAAUGAAUAAAGCUCGUAUUCUUCAAUUUAUCCAACGUCCGACAAUAAAGCAAAAGUGUAAUUUUUCUAGACUAAUUACUUCAAAUAGUUUAACAUUGAAUAAAUCAUGUUCGUUUCAAAAAGUUGCAGAAAUAAGAAGUGUUAUUGCUACAAACAUUGCAUUUGUUAGAUAUAAUAGUAAUGAAAGUGAUCAAAGUGUAGAAAGAAUAGAAGUUACUGAUGAUGUUAUUCCUGAGCCUCCUGAAGUACCAAAUGAAGUAGUUGAACCUGUAGAAAAAGUUUUGAAUGUACUCGGAGAAGAAACAUUAGAAAGUGCUGGACUUGGUUCUUGGACUCCAGUUGGAAUACUUCAAAAUGCAUUGCAAUACAUGCAUGUUUCUUUUGAUAUGCCUUGGUGGCUAACAAUUAUAGCUGGUACUGCAAUUUUACGUUUAUUAGUAUUUCCCUUAGUUAUUUCAUCACAACGACAUACAAUUAAAAUGAAUAAUAAUAUGCCUAAAAUUCAAGAAUACCAACAAAAAAUAUCAGAGUGUAGACUACAAGGAAAUCCAUAUGAAAUGGCAAGAGCAUCACAAGAACUAAUGUUAUUUAUGAAAAGUAAUCAUGUGAAUCCAAUAAAAGGAAUGAUCUUGCCUGCAAUACAAUUUCCCAUUUUUUUAAGUAUGUUUUUGGGUUUAAGAGGAAUGGCCAUGUUACCUCUUGAAAGCUUAACUUAUGGUGGACUUUGGUGGUUUACUGAUCUUACUUUACCUGACCAGUUCUUUAUAUUGCCUAUUGUUACAGUUGCUACACUAGGUCUAACUAUAGAACUUGGCGCAGAUAUUGGUAAACUUACUUCUUCAGGAGUUGGAUUUGGAAAAUACCUAAAAUACGGGCUUAGAUUAUUACCUCUUGCAAUAUUUCCAUUUAUUAUGAACUUUCCUUGUGCUGUGUGUUUAUACUGGGCAUCUACUAAUUUUAUUUCACUAACACAAGUAAUGUUUUUAAGAAUUCCUAAAGUAAGAAAAUACUUCAACAUAGAAGAAAAAAAGAAAUUUGAAAAGCCCAAAACAAAAAAAGGACUUAUAGGAGAUUUUAAAGAUUCAUGGAAAAAUAUGCAAGUUGUGAGAGAAAUUGAGGAAAGAGAACGAUUAGAUCAUAUGAAAUUUACACAAGCAGGUAGAGCACCCCCUGUUAAAACAUAUAAAUAUAAUCCUACUGUAGCUGGUGGACUAAAACAAGAAAAACAGUAAUUAUUAAGUUUAGUAUAAUGUUGUUUUGGUAUUUUGUGUACAAAUUAUUUAAAUAAAAUAAAAAAUCAUAAUAA